AUGGACGACGAGAAACGAAGCGAAGCCUCCCCGAAACCUUCCCAGCUGACUCCGUUCAGCAUCGCGGACAUCCUCAGUCGAAGAACUAACCACGAUCAAAGAUCCCAGGAGUUGGAUGACGCGCAAGGUGCGUCGUUCGUGAAGAAACCUCGCAGAGAAUACGACUGUAUGGACAACGAUCACAGAGAGGCACGCUCGGGACAGGAUCAAGGUCAGUUGACUAGAUUCCCGAGGCUCCCGUCACCUGACCUGAGCGUGGCCAGGGAGCUGGAUAUUUUAACGAGGAACCUUGUCCACGCGAACAUCUCGAACUUUGCCACUAUUCCACACCUGGGCCAGGGGACCUUCAAACACCUUGAAUCUCUGGGGAACAUGACUGCUUAUCAGCCGGUUAAAGACUCGAGAGAAACUUCGCACAGGCAGCAAGACGAGGCGCUGGACAUGAGCAAAAAUAAAUAUCUGGAGGACACGGAGGAGGACAUGUACGAGCCUCAGAACCACGGGCAGAAUCUUCAGAGCAGAAAGAAACGCAGCAGGGCGGCGUUCUCGCACGCGCAGGUUUACGAGCUCGAGAGAAGAUUCGCCGCGCAGAAGUAUUUGUCGGGACCGGAGAGGGCGGAUCUAGCGAGGGGAUUGAAGCUGACCGAGACUCAAGUGAAGAUCUGGUUCCAGAAUAGACGAUACAAGACCAAGAGGCGGCAGCAGCAGGAGCUGGGCGCGCUGGUUAAUUCCGGGAACGCGAGGCGCGUGGCGGUUCGAGUUCUCGUGCAUCCGGACGAGCAUUUGAGGGGAUUGCCACUUCGUGGUUCCGGGCAACUUCCCGGGCAAAUGUCGGCCCCGCAAAUUCAUCCGGCGAACAAAGCGCUCAGCGGUUUCCCGUACUACUGCCUCCCCUAUCAUCCGUUGCUCUGCCCGCCCCUUCACUCCGCUCAUAUACAGGUGCAAAACACGAUCGCGUCGGACCUCGAUCCCAGCCAGCUAUCGAAAAUCAACGACGAGAAAUAA